AUGUUGGAGGAUGGAAGGGAAUGUCGAAGAGGUGUCACUAGGCAUCUGCUGGGAGAUUUGGAACAGAAGAAGGUGGCCACUCUGAACCAGACAACUAAUACAGAAUCACCAGCAGCCCUGGAGGAGGCCAAGACCCCUGGUGCUCCUGGGAGCCCAGCAAUACCCGCUGAGCCUCACGACCCUGGCGGUUCCCUGCCCCUGACACCCCGCAUGGAGAGCCACUCAGAGGAGGAAGAUCCUAUGAGGGCUGGCAGUGACCUCGGCUGGAAAAGUAGGGGCCUCCAGACCCAGAGCCCAAGGGGCUGCUCAGUGGAGUCUGUGCUGGGCCGGAAGAAACACCGCAGGCGGCCUUCAAAGCGCAAGCGGCACUGGCGGCCCUACCUGGAACUGAGCUGGGCCGAGAAGCAACAGCGGGAUGAGAGGCAGAGCCAGAGGGCCUCCCGGGUCCGCGAGGAGAUGUUUGCCAAGGGCCAGCCCGUGGCGCCCUACAACACCACCCAGUUCCUGAUGAAUGACCGAGACCCUGAGGAGCCCGACCUGGAUGUGCCUCAUGGGGCCUCCCACCCAGGCUCCAGUGGAGAGAGCGAGGCAGGGGACAGCGACAGGCUAGGCCACGGUCACGGUGAGUUCCAGCAGAGAGAUUUCUCGGAGGCCUAUGAGCGCUACCAUACUGAGAGGCUGCAGGGCCGCAGCAAGCAGGAGCUGGUGCAAGACUACCUGGACCUGGAGCGGAGGCUGUCGCAGGCCGAGGAGGAGACAAGGAGGCUGCAGCAGCUGCAGAGGUGCACCAGCCGGCAGUCCUGUCGUCAGGUGGAGGAGCUGGCUGCAGAGGUAGAGAGGCUCCGGACAGAGAACCAGCGGCUUCGGCAGGAGAACGAAAUGUGGAACCGAGAGGGCAGCUCAGGUGGUGGGGAGCUGGGCACCUAGAGGUGCCCCCCCCCCCAGCCACGUUGACCUAAGGACACAGUUCCAUUUCAUACACACUCAGGCCAGCUGGGUCUCAAAGAGGCAGGUGUCAGAUGAAAACCACUCUCAGAAACCUCGUGCCCCAUGAGAACAGCUAAAACAGGAUCAGACUUCCACCUGUCAUUUCCACGAUUUGUUCUUUGGUGUCACCUUAUUUUUCACAAAGAAAUUAAAUGGUU